UAACUUAACUGCAUUAGAAACGACUUGUUUUGCUCACAUGAUAUAUUCCAUAUAUCGGACAACUCUUCUCAUACUUUAAUGGAAAAGAGUCACGAAAAGCCCUACUGGAUCGUUUGUUAGUGAACGUUCAAUACAUACAUGCCUUCUAGAUCUAGGCCCGCCAGCUGACUUCGACGUAGACGCUGAAGGCUGAGAAUGCAGCGAAAGAUUGAACUGCCCAACUCUCUGUUUCCCCUUCAUGAUCGACCAUCUUGAACAUAUAUAGUGCGCCCACAAGAUAACACGAAAGAUUGGGAACAUCUGAGCACCAUACAGUGUGGACCGAAAUUCGCUAGAUGUAGAAAGUGUAUUCAGUCAUAUUCUUGUCUUUUCAAUAAGCCAACCUCACUGGCUGAAUACAACGACCCUUUGCUGUGCACCUGUUCUACAUUCAUGAAUCUAUUCUGCUGCUGCCGUCGGCGACGUUCGCCAGAGAACGACCCAUUACUACCCAAGCACGGCGUCCGCAGCGCUCUUCAUAGACCUUCCCAAUCUCAGCUGAACAAGAUAACAGAAGUAUUUGGUGCCCUUCAAGCAGGAAAGUACCCUUCGCAAACGCAGCUGAAUGAUGCGCUGCGAGCUCUUUUAUCUUCCGAGCUGCUCGCUCAUUCAGAUCGCUCACGACUCAGUGAAACAAGCAAGGAGUUACUUCUGGAUAUAAGAGGAUUCAUACAAGUGCUAAUCCAAAUUGGCAUGGAGAAAAAUGAUGACGACAAAAUUCAAGACUUUAUGUAUCGCCUUAAACACAUUGAAUCCGAGGCUUUGCAUGCAGAUGUAGUUGUAGAUGUUUCUACCACCACGUCUCAGCCGGAAGUUGAAACUACAGCCCGGACUCUACCAUCGGAAGAGGAAGCCAAGAAUGACGGUCGCAUUCUGUUAAACUCUCUCUUCACGCUCCUCCGUCUGCUCAUCACUGCUAGUGUAUUUCGGUUCAUGCUCUUGGAUAUCCUGAAAGUUGUCCGUGAAGUUCUUGCGGACACUGCGGCUGACGUAGGUCAGAUUGCUCAGCAGGUGGAAGUCGCGGCAGAGUUGGCGGAGGAAACUAUAAGGCCUGAUGCGGAAGGUUGCCCUUCUCUCGAUAAUGUGACCAACGAGGAUUUUGAAAACGCAUUGGAAGGUGCCGGCAGAGAUGCUCGAGGGGCAACAGCCACAGCUGCGUCACAAGGCCCCGAACAAGUCAAGGCAGCUGCAAUGAUCAGGAUACAGAAGGCAAUCGCUCAGGCCCAUACCAACUCGACUUACCGUUCAGCACUUCGAAACCUGCAUACUUUAUUCCGCAAAUAUGCCUCGAAGGUAACUAUUUUGUUGAACACUGCUCAAGAUGCUGCUACUGCCUCCAAGUCUUCCACUCCUCCAACCCUCACGCCCAUCAUAUGGUCGGAUGAUCCUAAUGUGGCCCAAGCACUGUCAGAUCUGGACACACUGCUCACUCGUUUCGCAUCUGGGCGUUCUCCCGUCGCUCUCACUGAUGCCCUAUACCAAGUGAUUUGGGACGUAACGAAUAUUCCGACUGAAGUUGCUUCCUUAUCCAGCGGGGAGCAAGACCAGAUUCGCGUGUUUCUCCAGGAACUAGGCGCAUGGCUUGAUCGAGCCCUGUGUGACUCAAAGUAUGUCACCUCGACCACAGGUAAGGAGCAGCUGGAGAACCUGUAUGAUCGUGCCCGGGGUUUCGUCCGCUCGAAAUCAGCCCUAGACGUGAAGAUUGUUCGUGACAUACGAUCCCUCGUAGAUGAAACCGACAGCUUCCUCACCGCACUCUGUUCGGAUCCCUCCACUCUCAAACUCAUUCAGUCACUAGACAGAGUCGGCACCUCUCUUCCAGGAUUCUUUGCCAGCCUUGCAAACACAGCUGUUUCCCAAGGACUGCAGCUCGCGUCUGUGUCUCGACAAAAAGCCGUGCAAGUCCGUGAUGAGCUACUGCGUGACGUACUUACAUGGUUUCUUCCGCGACUUUUGGCCAUGGUGAAGGUACUUCCAAUGCCCCGCUUGGAAUACCGGGAUCAAACCAUUGAUGCAGCGAUUGAUGCACUUCUGUUGACUUCGUCCGCUGGAACCUCCCUCCUUCCAGACCAUGUCCGGGUACACUCUUACAACGAAAUAGCCUUGGAUUAUACGGAAUGCACCCCGCCCUCCUCCGCUGACCUAGCACCACCUGAGUCGGUCUUACAUUUGCCAGAAGCCGUCCAAUCGAAUUUAUCGACUUGCACAAGAAUGCGAGUGCAUCUAGAUGGUAUCAGAGUGGCUGCUUGGGACAUAGGGUAUUACGUCCGAUACAAGGGUCCCUUGAGACUUGGAUACGAAGACGAGGGUCUGGUCAACGCCGAGCUGGGAGAUAUUGGCAAACGAGGAUCCAGGGGAAGUGGAGGCAUUUCCGUCGAUGUUGAGCUCGAAAUUCAAACUGAGCCGACCAAGAGUGUGUAUGGUGGCCCCUUGUUCGAAGUGAAGGAUAUCCGAGUGGAUAUCCCUCGCCUCAGCUUCAGCCUAUCGCAUACAAAACACCCUAUCAUCAAUACCCUGAUUAUGAAGCCUCUGGCUAGUUCACUGGGGCGGCCAGUUGCAAGAUACUACUUAACGCACCAACUUCGGAAUGCUUUAGAAGGACUCUCAAGGCUCGCAGCUGAAUUUCUCGAAAUGUCAAAUCGGCUUGCUUCAGACCGGUCGACAGCGCCAUCGGAUCCUACUUUGGACGACUAUUGGACAGCUCUACUUCGAGUUGUGAACGCUUCCUGGUCUCACAGUGAUGUAUCCAAUGGGGGUGCUGGUGACGUUAGGGACAAUGCUGCUCCGGAAACAUAUUCCAAGAUAACUGCUAAGGGUGUCAUUCGCACCACCGUGCAUCCUUCCGACUCUUCGGGCGAGCAGACUAGUACCCUAGCCGUCGGAGUAGGUGCCCAAAUUCUGCCCGGAAAAGGCGGCCCGCAUGAUUCAAAAGAUUAUGAAUAUGCGCCCAAGGACAUGGCUCGGGAGGCUCUGGAUGAAAUUCAAGAUGCCGUGGAUAAAGGUUCAAAACAGGUUCAAGAGUUGGGACGCAGCGUCACAGAAGUGAGACAGAAAGGUAUGCAGUUGCAUCAUGGACUACAGAAUGCAACUGUCAGGGAGCAUGACAGGCAGGAAUCAGGCAUUAGCCAACAGGGGUGGAGGAGCAGUGCCUUUGAUUAGUAUCGACCAGGAUUUCAAUGUAUCCUGCGGCUCGGACAUAGUGGUAGAUGUUGGUAUGACCAUUUUUCUCUGUGCGCUUCGUAUUUGCGCUCGAUCCAGAGACCUUGUAAUACUUGGUUUCCUCAGACGCCAUCGAGUGGAACAACUGUCACGUCGGGAAUGCAGCAGAAUAGCGAGACGUGCUUCUGAGAAGUAGGAGUCCUUACAAGGUCCAUGUUCAAAUGAACCACCUCCGGUCACUAUUUUGAAGGACGAUAUCGGCUUACAUAGUAUGAGCCGAGUCAACAAACGAAUGACCAGCGAAACGCCGCAUGAGAAUAGAACAUUUACGUCGUG